AAGACAUUCCUCCCACAUUCAGCUUUGAACUUCGAUUUUUGCUGCUGACAUUGUGGGUGCGCUUCCAUCGAACGACCAUGGCUGCCGAUUGGCAGGAUACGACUCCUGCCAGAAGAAGCAUGCACAAGGCCAGAUGCCCAGAGGCAGCCCACACCCGCAUCCAUGGCUGCAGGAGCACUGGUGCAACAGCUCCGCGAGGCCUUGGCCAGCGAAAAACAGUCAAAGGCAACUGCUAUCGAGGUUUUGGAAGAGGAGAUGCAGGCGCAGCGGGCAGUGGCUCAGGAGGCGACUCAGCAAGAGCUCCACGAUGGUGAGGAACGCUGGAGCUCCGAAUUGGCGACUCAAGCGUUGAGGGAGGAGACAGCCGUGCGAGGUUUGAAAGAGGAAGUGGAGAUGCUGAAGCUUCAGGCAGAGCACUGGAGGCUCCUGGAGGUGGCUGAAAAAGCCACGAAGGACCAGACUGAGGCAUCUUUGUUGUCUUCGCAGCUGGCUGCGGGGGAACAGCAGGUGCAGCUCUACCGGCUUCGUGGUGAGGCCGCAGCGGAGGCGGAAGCCCAGAUGGUCAUCUCUCGUUUGGAGAUGUCCCUGGAAGAAGGUGCCCGGCACCAGAAGGAGGCCAUCGAGUUAAGAGCGAUGCUGGGAGCACUCCGCGAACGUUGCCAGCGGCAAGAGCAGGCAUUGGCUCGCCAACGUGCGACGGCCAGAAGCAAUUUGCCUCGCCCUCCUCCGCUAGGCCGUGCCGCUCGUGAGUCAGGCGCCCUCCGAGGCCUGGCCAGCCGUGUGCAGGCAGAGGUCCACUUGAAGACGGUGAAUGAGGAGGCAGAGGAUGCCAAGAUAGAGAAGGAUGCCUUCAGUGCAGAAGGCUCUAUCUCCGAGGCAUCAUUUCAGCCGGAUGUCUUCACUGCCGCUCGCGACCUGCAAGAGGAAGGUCACUUCCAGUGGCGUGGGGAGGACUCGCCCACCUCGUCCAUCCUGGACGCCUUUGCCGUGGCCAGGGGCAGCCUACCGCGGGAGCCCAGCACCACCAGCCUGUCCGAGGCCUCGCUGGACCCCUUCGCAGUGGUGCGCGGUCGGAGACUCGGUGCGAGACAGACAGGGUCGGAUCGCUUCUUCUGCCGGUUCAGACGUACUGGCAAGACACGUCGACAGAUCAGCACAGGAGAGGUCUUCAGAACCUACGGUCGAGAUCGGUCCCAGUCACGGUCUUUCCCGGCCAUGACGGUGGUGCGGCUCCAUGACUUGCCAGAGCCCGUGCUGGAGCUGCUGAUGAUGAUGUGCCUCGUGGACGCGGCGUAUGAUUGCACCUCGGUGGACGAAGACGACAUGUGUUGGCCACCAGUGGUGCAGCGGAUCAUGGGACGUGAGCAUGCUGCCAAGCUCUUCCGUGCCCACUUUGAUGGCAAUACUGCAGCAGAGGACCGCUUUUCACCCAGAGCCGGGAACCGGAAGCAUCGUUGCAUCUCCAGCGCAGAGGAGUUCACUGGAGAUGCCGUGCGAGGCAUCCUCCGUGAGAUGGUCGGGUUGGCGUUUUCGGCAGCCGGCGAUGAGUUCGUGCAGCCGGCGCAGCUGAAUUUAGGCGCUCCAGGCAUAGACAAUUCCACACUGGACGAGCCACCUGCUGAAGCACCGAAUACCUGGUCCUUGGACGAUGUCAUGCUGGCUACCUGGCGGUGCACGGUGAGAUUCCUCUUGACCAGUGAAAAUGGGUGCACCCAUACUGACGCCGGCGUAAGUACGCCGGUGCCCCGAACUCGGGGCAAGGGCUCGAUUCCGGCGAUGCGCGCGUCGCGGCGGUUUCGCUCCGUCGGCCUAGCGGUGAAGAACUUCUGGCAGCAGGCCGUCUUCGUGGAGGCGACCAGCGUUCGGCGACCAGCUCGCGGCGUGAGGGCGGAACGAGUGCGUUUAGGGGUGGUAAAGCGGGGGGAGCGGGCGGGCUCGGAUGUGCGGCAUAGGGAAGGCACCGAGCUCUCCAGUGCGGCGGAGCGGCUCCAAAAGCGGCUGGGGAACUUCGUGGAGCAACAUGCGCAGCAGGUGGAGGAGAUGGCGCUGCGCAACACGGCUGUGGCUCCCUUUUGGAAGCAAGCAGCGGAAAGCCUGUUGAAGGUUGAGAACUUGCAGAGGUGCUUUACGACGUCGUGCUUUACGGCUUUGCAGCGUUUGAUCCUGCAUUCCUUCAAGUCGCUUUUCCCGAAGCUUGAGCGCCUGGAGUUGUUCCAAUGUUGGUUGGGUGCAGGCAACUUCCUCGAUACUGGGGACUUAGCCGAGCUUCCAGCACUGUCCUCGCUGGGCAUUUGGGGAUUGAAGAACACCCAGAUUUCUCUACCUGAUCGUUGGCCAUCCUUCCGUCUCGAUGAACUUUGCUUGGACCCCGUGGAGGCCACUGCCUGGCCACGCUUGGGAGGAGCGACCCGACCCUUCUUGUGCUCAAGACCUCGCUCCCUUCAGCGCUUGCAUCUCUGCACCUCGCGGCCGCGCCUCGCGCUGGCAUCGGUGCCCACGUCCUUGCAGGUCCUGUCCUUGACGACUUCAGCCCAGGCGAACACGUCCCGACGCACCGAGCGGAAAACGGGCGAGUUCUGGGCGCUCCGAAGUCGCAUCCGACUGGUGUUGAGGAGGGAUUUGAGCAAUCCAUUCGUUGAAGCGUUUGUUCUCCUGGACGAGCACGUGCAACAACUUUUGCCUUCCUUGCCCCAGCUGGUGGAUUUGGUUCUCAGUGGUCAUGUGAGACUGGGACCCUGCAGUCGUGCUGGGGCCUCAGGCAUAUCAGCCAAAGCUGGCGUGGAAAUCACCGAUGCAGCGCAGUUCUGGCCGGAGGGUCGCAUCUCAGCCGCCGGAUCCUAUCAAAUCCGACCGGCUCCAUCCUUUCCUUCUCCGCCAUUGACCGUCUCCAGUGGGCCCAUCGGUCCUAGCACUUCCAUGCGCUUGACUCCACCGGCAGCGCCAGUUCCGGCAGCACCCCUGGCAGCACCAGCACUGCCCAUGGCACCAGCACUCGCCAUGUCAGCACCGCCCACGUCAGCACUGCCAGCACCACCCGGCAGCUUUGGCGUGACCCGGAGCAGCGGCCUGGGCCCGCCGAUCCCCACGACCAGCGCCGGUAGUGUCCCAGCGGUGCCCUUGCCACCCUGGCCGGAAUUCCGCUUCACGGCCGAGUCCCCGAAGGGAGUGCCCAAAGAGACCCGCCGGACGGCUGCAGGGGGAAGGGAACUGAGAGAUAUGGCUGCAGAUGUGAGGAAGUUGUCCCAAGGACAAGAGCAACUCUGGCAAGAGUUUGAGCAUCUAAAGCGAGAGGCUCAACAUCAAAACCAGUAUCUCUCUCAACUCAAGGGCCAUCUUCGAGCGCCAGAGCGCCCGCAGUCGAUCGAAGACCCACCCCUUCGUGCUCGAGCUCCCUGGGCCGCGUCGGCGAAGAGCGCGCCGAAACCGACGACGGACGCUGCGGACGGGGAGGCGGGCGCCGGGGAGGCGUCGCCGGAGCCGAAGAAAGGCUGGGAUGACAGCUUUGCGGAUUGCUUGCUGUGCGGCAAGUGA